GGAGUAGUGUGGAGAGUUGGCACUCUGCAUCCCCCCAGCCACUACAGUCAGUCACGCCCACAGUCAAUCACGCCCACAGUCGGCUACGCCCACAGUCAAUCACGCCCACAGUCGGCUACGCCCACAGUCAAUCACGCCCACAGUCGGCUACGCCCACAGUCACGCCCACUAAUGCUCCCACAACCAGUCACACCACUCAGACCAACGUGUCAGACGCCCAGACCAGCGUGUCAGACACCCAGACCAACGUGUCAGACGCCCAGACCAACGUGUCAGACGCCCAGACCAACGUGUCAGACGCCCAGACCAACGUGUCAGACACCCAGACCAACGUGUCAGACACCCAGACCAACGUGUCAGACACCCAGACCAGCGUGUCAGACGCCCAGACCAACGUGUCAGACGCCCAGACCAGCGUGUCAGACGCCCAGACCAACGUGUCAGACGCCCAGACCAGCGUGUCAGACACCCAGAUCAACGUGUCAGACGCCCAGACCAGCGUGUCAGACGCCCAGACCAGCGUGUCAGACGCCCAGACCAACGUGUCAGACGCCCAGACCAGCGUGUCAGACGCCCAGACCAACGUGUCAGACGCCCAGACCAGCGUGUCAGACGCCCAGACCAACGUGUCAGACACCCAGAUCAACGUGUCAGACGCCCACGGACCAACCUUCACUCUCUCACCCUGA